UGUCACUGUCAAAAUUGACAAAAGCGUCUAAUGAAAGCGAAACCUAUAUAGAUUUGCAUAUUUUUCGUCAAAAUAAAAGCGUAAACAUUUGAGUUUUUUGAAUACCCACCUAAAGGAGAUAGUUUGGCAACUUUUUAAUCACAUUUUAUCACUAGAACUAAGAAAAGAUGGAAGAUGAUGAUGAUGUGCCAGCGCUGUCUGCGGAGACAUUUGCAGCCCUUCAGGAGUUUUAUGCCGAGCAGCAGAAGAGACAGGAAAUACUUGACAAGUUGCAGGCUGAGGACAAGCUGAAGGAAAAUAUACUUUUUGAUGAGAAUUGGCAACUAAGUCAGUUUUGGUAUGAUGAGGCCACAGUGCAGGCACUAGUGAAGGUGGUGGACAAGACAAUACUUGAUGGAGGCAGCGUGGCACUGCUCUCCUGCCCCACACUCUUCGUGCCAGUGAAGCGGCAGCUCGGAGACAGGGCUACAGUAACCCUUCUCGAGUACGACCGGCGCUUCGAGGUGCACGCCCCCGACUUCAUCUUCUACGACUACAACUUACCUGACAAGCUGCCUCCGGAUAUAGAGCGAUAUGACUUGGUUGUGGCUGAUCCUCCAUUCUUGUCUGAAGAGUGCAUCGAAAAGACCUCGCAGACAAUCAAAUUAUUGGCCAAGGACAAGAUCGUGGUGUGCACAGGGGCGGUUAUGAAGGAGAAUGUGGAAAAACUUUUGGAUUUGCGGAUGUGCGAGUUCCAGCCGCGCCAUAGGAACAACUUAGCCAACGAGUUCGCGUGCUACGCUAAUUUCGACCUAGACGACGCUUUAAGAUGAUGAUCUGGUUUUAUUUUUAUACUAUGUCGGUGGCAAACAAGCAUACGGCCUGCCUGAUGGUAAGCAGUCUCCGUAGCCUAUGUACACCUGCAACUCCAGAGGAGUUACAUGCGCGUUGCCGACCCUAACCCCACCCCCCUCGUUGAGCUCUGGCAACCUUACUCACCGGCAGGAACACAACACUAUGAGUAGGGUCAAGUGGUAUUUAGGUGUGUGGUUAGAUGUUCAUUGAACGUGUCAGGGCAUCCGCUAGCUGGUGCGGGCGCCCGCACGCGGGUGCCAGUUGGCAAAAUCCGUCGCACCAGUUAGCGUUUAUCAUACUAUUUUUUAUUGACCCGCCCAUCAGAAGGGCCAGAUUGCCAAACUUGAUUUUCGUUUCUUUCCCCUUUAAACUGUCAGAUGUAUUCAAUGUAUGUUGUUAUUGAAGCCAAGUACUCGGCAGAGUAUAAAUUGAAUAGUAUGAACACCCAGUAAAAGUAACACCCAGCAGAAGUACCUAAGCUGGCCUAGUGUCCAAAAUCAUAUGGACAGAAUUAUUCCUUAACAACCAACUCGUUUUCAUAUAAUUUUGAACAUAAUCCACGCUUCUUCUAUCGCUAACUAUACCUAGGUAUAUGUUACAGCAAUUUACGAAUAUGCAUUAAAUGCAUAGCAUAUCAUAAGCCUCACGCCAUUUUUCAUUUUUGAAUUAAUUUCUGUUUUAUUCCAUUAAACUCAAUUUAAAUAAAAUGAUAUCGCAUUUAUAGAUUUUCUGUUGGACAUAUGUGGCAAUUUUAUAGUGUAACAUUUGUUUUUUACUUUAUCUCCUAUGUCUUUAAUAGUACAUUACGAUACAAGUGCGAAAAAUAGGAAAUUCGAAACGAGUGGUGACAAAUUAAAACACGACCGAAGGGAGUGUUUUAAAUCGACACGAGUUGUGAAUUACCUAUUCGCACAUGUAUAUAUAAAUGUUCGACGUAGUAACGUAAUAUGCUAAUUUUCGCACUAGUGCGGUAAAGUAGCACCAUAUGUACUGUAAACAUAUUUAUAUUUAAUUGUGAGUGUCAAAUAAAACGAAUUGAUAUUAAAACA